AUGGUCACUAAAAUCAUACAGACGAACCCAAACAGGUUCAGGGCUGCCCAGGACAUGCUUUAUGUCACAGCUAAAGAACUGAACUCUGACAUUUUAGUAGUUCGAACCGAACAAGGCACUAAGCAGAGCAGGCUGGUUCUGCGACGAACCCGGGAUGCUGCAAUCAAAGUCCUGAACAAUAAAGUGGCGGUUCAAAAAACAGGACGGGGGACUGGAUAUGUCUGGAUAAAGACAACAAAUUACACUCUCUACUCCUGUUACAUAUCCCCAAACUUCAGUAGAGCCGAAAGCACUCCCGUUAUCGCAAACAUUGCACUAGACGCAAGAAGACAAGGAGGGCAGGCAAUAAUUUCGGGGGACCUAAACGGAAAGAUUCCGGAAUGGGGUGAGACACGCACGGACGCAAGAGAAGACAUCACUGAGUGGGCUGCUAGGCUAAAUCUAGUAUGCGCAAACAGAGGCUCUGACCCUACUUUCGAGCGUGGAAACUAUUUAUCUAUCCUUGACAUCACUAUGGUCACGCCUGGAAUAGCUGCCAAAAUAAAUGAUUGGAGGGUUCUGGACAAGGAAACGCUGACUCACCACAGAUAUAUAAUGUACAGCAUCAGAGACAGAACAAGGAGCCAGCACCAAGCAGUCACACCGGAAUGGGCAACAAGAAAGCUCAACAAAACUAUACUCUUAAACUCCAUUGCUGACACACUUGGAGAAAGCCCAACAGCAGAAGAGCUAAUGGAGUCCAUAGAAGGAGUGUGCAACGCAGCAAUUCAAGGAAAAAGCCAACCAAUUACAACCGGAAACAAACUUACUGGUGAUGUCAGCUGCAAGGAAACGAUUGAAAGGAGCCAUCAAGGAAAGCCAGAGCAGAUGCUGAAUCAACUCAGUUGGAAGACCGCAAAACUCGUUUUAGUGAAGAAACCGGGGAAACCCAUAGAAGCCCCAUCAUCAUACAGGCCACUAUGCAUGAUUGACACUAUGGGCAAGGACUACGAACAACUGAUCCUCUCCCGGCUGAAAGACGAGAUUGCAAGAUGCAGAGGACUGUCCGACAGGCAGUAUGGCUUCAGGGAGGGUUGA